AUGACCAGCCUCACAGUUGCAGAGGUCUCAGGCUUGAUCGCCGCGGGCGUGUUCAUCCUGCAAUUACUCCUUCCGCUGUCUCUGCCACUUAUCCUCAUCGCUUUCCUGACUGACGAGAACUCGAUCAUCAGUUGGAACGUGCUCGCCCGCUUUCUCCACUCAACCCUAUGGCCCAGCAUUCUUGGCUCCAGCACGGCGGCCGCAUCAGGUGUGCAGAAGAGGCUGACUAUCACCGGAUACGCGCAGACGAUCAUCCUGGGCGUUGUAUCCAUCGCCUCGAUCGUGACUCCACUGGGCCUGUAUGACUCCAUUGAGCCGGCAAGCUCACCAACAGCCGAACCAUUCGCCUACAUCAAAGGGACCUCAGCGUUCAGCUACGGCACGCCCGCUCGCAGCGAUGCCCCGUUCACGCGCAACUGCGGCCUCCAACGGGCUUGUCCGGGGACGAGUCUGAACAAGACAUGCCGCCAGCAGGGCCUGCUGGAGAAUUGUACCGUCGUCUAUGACAGCCUUGGCCCGGAGCACUUGCAAGAUGUAUUCCGCGACGGGGCGAGCGCGUUCGGUCCAUCGGUCUCGAGUAUUUUCGACAUGCAGUACCGGACCUUCAUCAAUGGGACAGACCCGUACAGUGUGCUGGGAUGGUAUGCGAAGCCGUCGUAUCGCUCGCUGCAAGUUCUCAUCCUGGACGAAAAGGUCGAGGCUGUCGAGGGUUUGAUUGUUGAUAUGGUGGAGGGAGGGAUAGGGUUUAGGAAUCAUACAGCGCCCUCCAAAGCGCUCAAGUACGGCUCAACCUGGGACGAGGAUAUCCUGUUCAUCCAGCCGGAGACGCAGUGUGUGCCGUUGAACUUUUCCAUUGAUUUCCAGCUGCCGUCCGACCUCGAGACGAGCUUGUCUGUUGUUAAUCUGGUGUUGAGGGAUCACGGGGGGCUGUCGAAUAUCGUGCAGCCUCGUCCCUCGAUCAGCAUUCCUGUAAACGGGCAGGAGUUUGAUUUGCGGCAGAGAGCGUGGAAUGCGGCAUGGUAUAACAACUUUCUAACCCUGGCAUACUUUAAUGCGACGGAUCCGGAUCCUACAAACAUCACCCGUCUGGAUGUCACGCCAGGACAGACGUUCAAGCUAGAGAAUGCGAACUUUACCCUUGGAUAUCGCAGCAUCAAGAGCACAAUCAGUCUGGGAGAGUACCUCAAUCUCCGCGUCAACAACUCAACCAUCAACCCCCACGGAAUCACCCAGAAAGACUUCGAUUUAGCUACAACCCUCUGCGGCGGCACGACCUCGUCCAGCCCAUCCACCAUCACCAGCGCCCUCAUCGGCUGCGGCCUCGUCUACGGCGCCGCCAACCGCACCGACGGCGUCUCCCCGCUACGAACAGACCCAAAUUCCCCCUGGAGCAUCCCGCUCUACAUCUGCGCCAGCGCUGUAAAGGCCAGCCUCAAAACAGUUUCCUUCGGCUACAACGGCACCGGCCUCGACGCACUAUCCAUCACCUCCCUCUCCCAAAAGACGUACCCCUCUCCCCCGCUCUGGGCCGUCGAAGACCUCCCAGACCGAUCCCUCGCAGAUGUCCAGCCGCUGUGGGGCAUCCUCCCCGCAAACACAACAUCAGCAGUCAACCUGUCUACAAUCGCAGGCCCCUCUCUCUACCUACCCGGCUACAUCGACACCACCACCACCCCCCUCACGGGCCUCGCACCCGUCCCCGUCUCCACAGGCCAGAACCUCCCAGGCGUAGACUUCUACACGCAGUCCCUCUACCGCGCACUCAGCAUCAGCAGUCCAGCAGGCCAACCCUACGCAGAUUACUCCGGGUGGACGAGUCUCGCCCUCUACGCCAAGUGGCAGGCCCUCUCGACGACGGCUACAGGCGCAGCGAAGAUCAUCGAUCUCGUGUGGACGGAUUUCGCGGCCAAUGCGAUGGUUGGGACUAAAGCUGCUGCGGAGCAAGAUCAGGUGCUCCCGGUUACGGUGUUUGAGAGGCGGAUACGGUAUAGGCUUCCGUAUGCGGUUCCGGGCAUUGUGGUGCUUGUUGCUGCGUUGGGGAUUGUGGGGGGUGUGGUUGUGUUGGGGUGUAUGCGGCGGACUGGGGUCGGGCGGUUGAAGGGGUUUUUGGAGAGGACGGCUGUGGGGAGGGUACUGGGUUUGGUGCUUUUGGGAGAGGAGGGGGAGAUGGGCAAGGACUGGGUGGAGAAGGUGGGUGGGAAGAGGGUGAGGAUUACUGAGGGAGGUAUUACAGUUGAGCCAGGGUUACUGAGUGCAGAGAUGAAGAGAGAUGGACAUGAAAAUGAUAGUGCAGAAGUAAAAGGCUAA